AUGGGAGAUAUCUCUACCGAGGGAAAGUCAGAGUCUGUCCAGUUCGCCCCGACAGGCUCCAUCUGCCAAGUUCACAACCUAUACCAAACCAAGCCCGAUUCGAGAGGUCGGUCCUCAUGGACAAAAGAAUACCCCGACGAUCUCGUACAGCCUGCCGAGAAUGAAGAAUCAGGCCAGUAUGUGCUGGUUGCACGGAAUGUCAAGUGUUAUGAUGGACGCAAAUCCCUCCAGGUCAAGUCGAUCGUGGUGCAAAGUCAACCACUCAAGACGUUCCUGGACGACGUGAUGAAGGGAUAUCCCGGCAUUACAAUGAAGCUUGAUCGUGUCGAGUUCAACCGACCGUUUAAACCAUUCGUUCACCGGUGGGAACGUUUUGUGGAAGCGAGGAACAACGAGCAGGACAUGACAACCAGGAGUCAUGUUGACUUGCUUUACAGGGUACUAGAUGAGGAGCUUCGCGAUGUUAUAUCUUCUAGGAAUAACCUUGUUGCAAACGGUGUGAUAUCUCAUGAUCUCCUCUGGACUAUCUUCGAGCCGGGUGACUUUGUUUUCAGCGUUGUGGACGGUCGCAAGCGCGCCUUCUCGUUUGAAUCGGGCGAUAUAAACCCCAAGAACGGGAAGUUUGAAAUGGAGGGAAAAUACAUUGACUUCGAUGGAGAGGACUUCGGCUACGUGACACACAGCAUGUCGGUGCCUGCUUACGAGGGAACGUCAGCUAUCGCAGCGCUGCCAGCGUUCCCUUUGGUUUAUCACAGCGACCACGCCACCAUCCGGAGACAACUGACGGCACGUGGAAAGCUCUGGCAGGAUCACCGGGGAUACCAUUACAAGCAGUAUGAGGGCAUUGCCAAGACUUACUUCUGCAGUCGAGAGAUGAAACUCAGCAUCAAAAGCCGCAUUGUCAUCGACACGAAAGCAUACACUACUUUUAACCCGAACGAUGAGAUAUACCUUGAUUCUGACGUAUCAGACGAGCUUUCCGAUGAUCAGCGAAUGAUUUCAACCCCCAUAAUUCGUGGCUACGCCCUGAAGGAGAAAAGGUGGCUGGAGUUCUACAUUGACGGCGUGCAAGACAUUAAAUGGGACGCCCGGGCAUUUGACUCCUUGGUACUGCCCCAUGCACAGCAAGAUCUCAAACAGCUGAUUCUUGCUUUUGCUGAUGCCCACUCUGAGCACCUCGAUGGCUUUGAUGAUAUCAUUCAAGGAAAAGGCCGCGGUGUUAUUAUGCUUCUCAGCGGGCCACCUGGAGUGGGCAAGACUCUUACGGCAGAGAGCGUUGCAGAGGUGAUGAAAGUACCUCUUUACGUGCUCAGCGCAGGUGAUCUUGGAACGAGCGCCUCAAGGGUCGAGGCGAGCUUGAAAGACAUUCUUUCCAUCGUUCCGAGAUGGAAUGCUGUUCUCUUGCUUGACGAGGCUGAUGUCUUCAUGGAAGCCCGUAAUUCAACUGAUCUGGAACGGAACGAGCUCGUGUCCAUCUUCCUGAGAAUGCUGGAAUAUUACGAGGGAUUUCUCUUCCUUACGAGCAACCGUGCGGAGAAUAUCGACCCUGCCUUCGAGUCCCGCAUCCAUGUGUCCCUACGCUAUCCGGAGCUCAACACAGCAUCGAGACGGCAAAUCUGGACGCAAUUCCUUGGUGAUGCGUAUAUCGGAGGCUUCUCAAGCCAAGAGCUUGACCAGAUGGCCGAGGUGGCACUUAAUGGAAGACAGAUCAAAAACGUGCUCAGGACUGCCCACCUUUUGGCGAGGAAGCAGGAGGCGAAGCUCGGUUUCUCACACGUCCAGACGAUUCUAACUUUGAGGGGAUCUGGCUCGGGGUCUACAGGAGACAGUUGGAUGUAA